GGGAAAGGAAAAAUAAGUUAUCGAAAUGCAUGCAUCCCCGGUUCUUAUUUGUUACUUAAUAUUGACAUUUGUUCAAGAAAAUACAUGCUACAUGAGUGGCGUGUGAGUAUCUAAUAUUAUUACCAGUCUCGAUGUGCCCAUCCCCAAUUGCACCAACUUCCGCUGCUGCGGGUUUGCUUUUGUGCUUUUUUUUCUCUCUCUCCCCAUAACCACAAGCGCCCCUCGCUAAUUCUCCUCGAAUUAGAAAUGAACGGACUGAAUCCUCGACGCAAUACGUCCAUCACUACUUUAAAUGACUAAAACAGCCUUCAUUAUAAAUCUUCGUGUCGGUUUAAACUCGUCUCUGUUCCCGUUUAGGCUUCUUCGUGGCCUAGUUAGCUUAUCUUAUCUUAGCUCGCGAGCCGCUAACAAAGAGACGGGUUUGUUCGAGCCCAUCGCUGAGAAGAGAUCAAGUGUGAACGUGUUGGGGUUAUCAUGUGAAAAUGUGUGCAAGACCGACAUCACAGUACGCGGAGGAACUUUCUGGAAUAAAAGAGGAAAACGAACAUCAUCUGCUGCGUGACACUGUUUUCAAGCAGCCUCGACACAGAACAGAAAGACAAGGGCUUGAGUUGCAUGCAGCAAGAUCUUUCUCUUUACUCCUCCUAAAUUCCAGUUCAGAAGACAGUAGUGAAAAAUAUCAUCAUCCUGAGCAACAGGAGGCAGAGUCGCUUCACAUUAAAGAGGAGGAGCAAGAGCCCCCUCACAUUAAAGAGGAGGAGGAGGAGCACUGCGACAUUAAAGAAGGGGAACCAGUGUUCCCUCACAAUAAAGAGGAGGAGGAAUGUAGGGUGGGUGCUUAUAUGGAGGAGGAAGACCCUCCUCAUAUUAAAAAGGAAGCCAAGUCAGAAACUCCCCACAUCAAAGACGAAGAGGAGGAAAAUAUCAAGUUGCCAUUGACCUUUGUCCUUUUGAAGAGGGAAGUUGAUGAAGACAUAGGUCAACGUGAGGAGAACAGAGGAGUGGAGCCUCCAAGCAGCAGCUCAAGUCAAUACAUGACACCAGGAGGUGAUGGAGACCACUGUGGUGGAUCCCAAGUCGACGGCCUCAUCGCUCCACUAUCAGAUAGUGACGACAUAACGUCACACUCUCCUGACACUGAUAAUAAUGAACACUCGAAAGCUGAUAUGACAUGUCACACUGACAACAAUUGCAGGAAAUGUUCUCAGUGUGGGAAAACAUUUAGUUCAAAGGGGAAUUUGAAUGUUCACAUGAGAAUACACACUGGAGAGAAACCUUUUGUCUGCUCAGUUUGUGGUAAAAGAUUCUCUUAUAAGGACUGUUUAACAAUACACACAAGAACUCACACUGGAGAAAAACCUUUUGCAUGCUCGGUUUGUGGUAAAAAAUUGUCUGAUAGUGGAACUUUAAGGACACACACAAGAACACACACUGGAGAAAAACAUUUUGCCUGCUCCGUUUGUGAUAAAAGCUUCUCUGCAAAAUCCAGUUUAACAAUUCACACAAGAACACACACUGGUGAGAAACCUUACAACUGCUCAGUUUGCGGUGAAAGAUUCGCUGAAAAAGGCACAUUGACAAUACACACGAGAACACACACUGGAGAGAAACCUUUUGCCUGCUCAUUUUGCGGUAAAAGUUUCAUUGCAAAGUCAUCUUUAACAACGCACACAAGAACACACACAGGAGAAAAACCUUAUACCUGCUCAGUUUGUGGUCGAACAUUCUCCUUAAGUGGAACCUUAAAAAAACACAAAAGAACACACUGGGGAGAAACUACUUAGUUGCAGUGUUUCUGCUUGAAGUGUUCUCGUAAGUAUUUUUUUUAAAGUGUGCUGGUGAGAAUAGCAGUGAUCAUUAAAUCUUAAAGAAAAAAAAACUGAAGAUACUGACUCAUUGUGGUAAACUGUAAAAUUGUGCAUCGCUGGCAUCGGGCUGAAACCUGUGUUGGAAAUUAUUCUUCUGGGAGAAUAAUUAAGAAAACAAUCUUGUAUUUCUGAUUUAUUUUUAUUUAUUUUUUUACUACAAGGAAAUAUUUACAGGGAUCAAGAGAGAUGAGAAUGAGAGAGAGUGAGUAAGAGGGAGAGGCUGCUGCUUAUUGCUGUUCUCCCACACAUUCUGCCACCCAAGAGGUGAAAACAAAGAUUAUACAGGAAGUUCCUUAAAUCAGAUAGUACCCAGUAAAUUUCCAUGAGAUGAGGUUCACACAUUAGCUCAAUGCUUCUGUUGUUUUCUGUUACGACCCCCCCAGUAAGAAGAAAAAAGAUUGUGACCCCCCCCCACCCGCAGCCCCUGCGAGUACACCUCUAUAUAACAUUGUAUAUAAAGAAUAAUCUAAUCUAAUCCUGAUAAACAUUGAAGAAAGUACAAAAGAAAGAGACUGCCAUCUACUGCAGUGGAUGUGCAAUUACACUUUAUUCGAGUACGGCAAAUCAUGUUCUUCAGGGUCUCACACACCCUGGCAUCGCCCCCCACUAUUUGAGAAACACUGCAUUAGCUAGACAGUACUUUCCCAUCCCAGCGAGCUGUAGCCUUAUUUUAUGGGAUAUCCGGAGGCUGAGAAACAAAGCUGAAUUGCUGUUUAGACAUGGUUACAUAGGAUUGCGUAUAAACUAAUUUAGCCCAGCGUUAUUGAGCAAUAAAAGCAUGCAAAGGUUAUAUUAAACUUAAAACAGAUAUUAGUAAUUAUGCCAAUUUACUCCUUUUUCACAUUUUUACACUAAAUCUAUACUAUUGGUCAGUCCCCACGUGGGUGUGUUGUUUUUACAAAUUGUUGACUAGUUUUAGGUGUUGAAAAUCGCUUGGUCUCUUUAAAGAUGCAAUGUUGUGUGAAAGGUGAUUGUUUUGGAGAUGUGAUGUUUCCACCCGACAACAGCGAUAUGUGAUUUCGAAUAAAAUAUGACAGUGGAUUUAAUAAUGAUGACGUAAAGAUGCUAAGCCAAUAAUUUUAUCUGACAGAAAAAACGUUUGGUUGUGUGGUCAAUCCCCAGGAGUUAGUGAUUCAAUUCUUUGUUUAUUUCAGAGGUGAAUGAAAUAUGAUGUAAAUUAUUGUAUCUCUUUGCCUGUAAUAACAUUUGUAAACAACAUUAAAAACACAACCUAGAGG